GGUGUUCUCGCUACAUUCACCCCACCAAAAUCGAGCCGUGCUCGUUGCACACCAUGUGAUAAGAUUCGUCGCGCUUUGUUCCCAGGCUGGACAUUGGCAUUUCUGCCACCGCCCGCCCUGAGCUUCACGAGUCCGCGUUCGCAAAUACCGAAACUUGCAACACCCUUCUCACCAGUUCGCUCCUCGCAUUCUUGUAUCUUGCACCCCACAUUCAAAAGCGCGACGUUUCAGACAUCUACAAUUGCCAACAUGGAUUACGACCCAAUGGUGAUGGACGACGCCGAGGCGCUGGGCCCGGUAGUCAAGAUUUCCCAAGCAGACUCGGUUCGUGUCAAGUUUGAGCUCUCGAAUGCGGAUAUCGCCUUCGCAAACUCCCUCCGUCGCGUUAUGCUCGGCGAGAUCCCCACCAUCGCGAUCGACCUCGUGGAAAUCGAAGACAAUAGUUCCGUGCUAGCCGACGAGUUUAUCGCCCACCGCCUCGGCCUGAUCCCGCUAAAUGCUGACGGCGUUGAGGCAUUGCUAUACGCGAGGGAUUGCGACUGCGACGGUUGCUGCGAGCACUGCAGCGUCAGGCUCACCCUUCACGCCAAAUGCACUGGGGACGAAAACAUGCAUGUAUUCGCUCGAGACUUGGUACCCACGGGCGACCGAGUCAAUCAAGUUCUCGGCACGCCUGUCGUCUCAGAUUCCGAGGGACUCGGCCCCCUCAUCCUAAAGCUUCGGCCGGGUCAGGAAGUUAAGCUCCAGUGCAUCGCAAAGAAGGGCAUCGCGAAGGAGCACGCGAAGUGGGCGCCGUCGGCGGCUAUCGGAUUCGAGUACGACCCUCACAACAAGCUUCGCCACACCGAUUUCUGGUACGAGACGGACGCUAAGACGGAAUGGCCCCCAAGCGAGUACGCCUCGUGGGAGGAACCCCCACAGGAGGGUGAGCCGUUCGACUACGAUGCCGUUCCGAACCGAUUUUACUACAACGUCGAGAGCGCCGGCAAUCUCCCGCCCGACACGAUCGUCAGCGAGGGCAUCAAGGUCAUUCAGCAGAAGCUUGCCGGGCUCAUUCACGAGCUUGCCGAUGAGGGCGGAGACGGGAUGAACGGCGACUACAACGGCCCCCGCAGUCCAGAGUACGGGACUGGCGCCGACGGGUUUGGCGGUGGGUACACGACGCCGUUUGGGAACGGCGGCAACCAGAGCUCUUGGGGCGGGGCUGGCGGGGCCGGCGGGACGACGCCGUAUGGGGCGACACCUUAUGGUGCUGGUCAGAGCAGCUGGUCGUGAGCGGCUCAGGGCUCUGCGGCCGGCGCACUACUGCCUUGAGCCGCCAGCCGUUUAUCCGCGGCAUCUUCGGCUGCCCUUGGCCACUGCAGAUUGCAACAGCCCAGCUCGAGCUCGUGUACGCGACGGGCUUUUAUUUGUUGCGAUGCCAACCCAGUCCCAGGCCACCCGUCUGCCGCCUACUGGCAACAUAAGACGUACAGAAACUGGACUUGGAUGUGCGGUCGUUGCGGCCAGCGGGGAAGCUUGUUUUGGCCUCGAACUUCUUUCGCUUAUAGAACGUUCGAGGCCAGUUACGAAACCGCCGUUAUGACCAAGGGACAACUUAGGACUUGGGCGAGAGGGGAGGGACCAUUGGUU